AUGGCUCGCCUCACCGGUCUGCCGUCUGAGUUGAUCGAAAUGAUAUGCGACUACAUUCGCCCGAUGCAACCGAUGAGAGACCGCUUCGCCAAGACCACACAUGAGAACAACCCCAUCGACAGGGUCCUCCUGCUGGAAUGGCGGUCUCUCAGAGACCUCUCCGUAACCAGCCGAUACUUCCGAAACGUCAUCAUGCACGGCGGCCUUCUCCACCGCACGCUCAUCAUCCGUGACUCCUUUCAUGAGCUCUUCAACCUCCUGAAGCUCUUCAAGUCAGACCCGGAGCUCGCCCUCGCAGUCAAACAGCUCUACAUCCGCAUUUCCCGGUAUGAUCCUGGUCCGCAAGACUUUGGUCCCCACUACACGCUGCCCAUCCUUACGGCAAUCAAAGACUUGGGCAUGGACUCCGAAGCUGCGCGGCGCGAGGUUCUCCCCCGCUCUAGGGAGGCGUCGCCCGUCGGUCUUCGCGCCAUCUCGCCCUUCAGCCUUCCCGCCACUCUUGAGAAUGAGCCCGAUUGGCAGGUGUCUGUCAGGCGCUACGGCGUUCUCGUCAAGCUCGUCCUGGCGCAGAUGACCAAUCUAGAGGACCUUGGCGCCGAUAUCAUGAGCGCGGACGUACUCAAACCUCAGAACAAAGAGUACGGGCGGGCCCAUCGCGAGUUCAUCAAUGUCCGGAACCUCUCUCAGCUAAGGUCUGUGUCUCUCAGGGGAUCCAAAGAGAGCGGCCUAGUCAGUAGUGAUCUGGACUUCCUGUUGAGAUUGGGACCCGUCAAGCAUCUCUAUAUCGACACCAUGAACGCAGGAUCACGCACCGCAGAAUGGGUAUACAACCUAUUCUUCACUCUGGUGGGCGUCCUGGACAACGUCACCACGCUCAUACUCAGCAACAGCACUUUCCUCCCUCUGGGUCUAAAAUUCGUCCUCCGUCAUUGCGCACCGCUCUCAACCUUCAAAUACAGCUUCACCAAUGGACAGAUAUCCAGUCUCUCUCUGCCAUCUGAAGUCGUCGCCGUUCUGGGAGCCUGGCAUGGGAAAACCCUCCGGACGCUUUGCCUCAGAUUCCUGCCCGUCGGCGGCAACAACUACGUCGCCAGAUCCUCCACCUCCAACUCUUUAAUCAAGUCUCUGCAGGGAUUCGACGUUCUGGAAAGUCUCUGGGUCGACCUGGAUGCCGUGGCUGGAGGCACUGAGAGGCGUCCCGCAGCAUCUCAACCGGCAAACUCCCACACGCUGCCUUGGAUCAUCGGCACGCCGGAGCGCUUCGUUGCAAGCCUUCCUCGAACCCUGAAGAGAGUCUUCCUCUGUGUCCCGUAUAGGACCAACGGCUGGGACGAUAGUGUUGUUUGGCUGGCGCGCGCUGCAGAUGAGUUCCCUGGUCUCAAUGACAUACUUUACUACACCGCGUUACGAGGAUACACUUUCCGUAUGAUUAGUAGAAGGCCGGUCAGGUGUCCUUAUGUGCCGGUUCUGCAGUGGGAUUAA